UUUCUCCCUGAAUGCUUCUUUGAAUCUCAGACUUUAGAUGUCUGUCAAGCAAAAGGGAGUCCUUGGGCAGAUUGAUCUCUGGCUCAGACAGCUUAGUGGGAGAAUCCCAAAGGCCCUUCCUUCAUUCCUGAGCCUCUGGGCAAGGAGGGCGGGAUCUUGGUUCCAGGGUCUCAGUACCCCCUGUGCCAUUUGAGCUGCUUGUACUCAUCAUCUCUAUUAAUAACCACCCUCCCUCCCCCACUGCCAGUGCUGCCCCCACGCCUGCCCAGCUCGGGUUCUCCGGUCACAGCAGCUCAGUCCUCCAAAGCUGCUGGACCCCAGGGAGAGCUGACCACCACCUAAAUAACUGGUUGAAUCCACCUCCACAAUGCCGCUCUCAGGAACCCCAGCCCCCAAUAAAAAGAGGAAAUCCAGCAAGCUGAUCAUGGAACUCACUGGAGGUGGACAGGAGAGCUCGGGCCUGAACCUGGGCAAGAAGAUCAGUGUCCCCAGGGAUGUGAUGUUGGAGGAGCUGUCACUGCUCACUAACCGGGGCUCUAAGAUGUUCAAACUGCGGCAGAUGCGGGUGGAGAAAUUUAUCUAUGAAAACCACCCUGAUGUCUUCUCUGACAGCUCAAUGGAUCACUUCCAGAAGUUCCUUCCUACGGUGGGGGGACAGCUGGGCACACCUGGUCAGGGAUUAUCCUACAGCAAGGGUGUCGGUGGAAGCGAGGCAAUGGGAAGUAGCUCUGCUGGACACUACGGCUCCGACCAACAGCACCAUCAGGGCCCUGGAUCUGGAUCUGGGGGUACAAGUGGUCUGGGGGCCCAGACUGGCAGAGGAGGAGCUGCUGGAACAGCAGGGGUUGGCGAUACAGGGACUGGAGACCAGGCAGGUGGAGAAGGAAAACAUAUCACUGUGUUCAAGACCUAUAUUUCCCCAUGGGAGAGAGCCAUGGGGGUUGACCCUCAGCAAAAAGUGGAAAUUGGCAUCGACCUGUUGGCCUAUGGGGCCAAAGCUGAACUCCCCCAGUAUAAAUCCUUCAACAGGACAGCAAUGCCUUAUGGUGGAUAUGAGAAGGCAUCCAAACGCAUGACCUUCCAGAUGCCCAAGUUUGACCUGGGGCCCCUGCUGAGUGAACCCUUGGUUCUCUACAACCAGAGCCUCACCAACCGGCCUUCUUUCAAUCGAACCCCUAUUCCCUGGCUGAGCUCUGGGGAGCCUGUAGACUACAGUGUGGAUAUUGGCAUCCCCUUGGAUGGAGAAACAGAGGAGCUGUGAGGUGUUUCCUCCUCUACUUUGCAUCAAGUUUCCCCUCUUUUGUUUCAAUUUUGAAGAGGGAAUACUGAGCAGGAUACCUCUACCUCCAUUCCUUUUGGGAGUGGAGGGAAAAAGGAGGGAGAAAUCUGCCUUUCCAUCCUUCACUCUGGGUCCUCACUCCAAGCAUCCUUCCUCACCAACUCAGAGCUACUCUUCCACUUGCUCUGUAUGGAACCUGCUCUUUUAUGGAAUUUGCUCUGCCACUGGUAACAGUAAAUAAAUUUCAAGAAAAUAAACUCA